AUGAUCUGCCCAUUGUGCUGCAGUUCGUUACGUCAGAACUUGCUUCUGCCUCCAGUGGCGCUUUUGGUGUGUCCCAACGAGCUGUGUGUGUACCCACUCAACUUGAACCCUGAGGAAUUGGCCAGAAAACAGUUGGUGGUGAGAACAGACGAGGAGAAGAUUUUGAAGCUCAUGCAGAAGAAGAUGGACGAAGCUGGCGUGGAGAAGAAAGUUAGCGACUUCAUUGUGAGGCCGGGAACACGGCAAGCUUAG